AUGCGCCACUUUUCUCGAUCUUCUACUUUCAACUCGGUUGCUGCUUCUCUCUACUUCAGAAAAAAACUCGCAGCGUGCCAGGAGCCUCCUGAAGAGUUGGUUGAAACAAUUAUUCUUGAGCUUAUUAACUGCCUCCGUCGUCCUUCAAACGAACUUCAAUUGAACGCUUCUUGGGCUCUGACAAAUUUGGCCUGUGGCUCUCGUCAGGAAACGCAUAGGAUCAUUGCCAGUGGUGGCAUUGAUGCGCUUGUUCACGUUGCGUCGACGACAGUGGGAGAAAUUCGUGAUCAAGCUAUUUGGGCACUAGGAAAUUUGGCAGCAGAUUGUGCCUCGUGUCGACAACAAGUGCGGGCUUCGGGACUUUUGGCCUUAUUAAUUGUAAUGCUGGAAAUGCCAGACUAUCAGGCUCACGAUCCUCGCAAAAUUGUUAUUUGGUGCUUGGCUAAUUUGCUUCGUGGUGGAAUGAAUGACAUUGAGCUUGAUGUGAGUUUGAUUGGUUUUUAUUUGAAAAACGAGACUUUUUCAUUCCUUUUCAGAGUGUCGGCCGACUUCUCUCUUCACUUCAUGUGA